CCGGAUGCGCCAAGAGUGGAGAACAUGAAGGACCCAGGGUGGCGCACUACCUGAGCUCGACCGCCCGCUGUGCUCAGGGAUAGAGAAGGUCCAAUCUCCAGGCACGCUAGUCACGUUUGAGCUGGGCCUGGGGACAGUGUCAGAGACCAGACACCGGUCACAAAAUGAAGGAUGGACUUUUCUCAAAGGUUCGCACGGGCGAUAGCCGCUGCCCGACGUAAGGCAACACCAGUACCCGGCAGGAGCAGGGCGCCAAUCCACACAAACACACACCAGACGCUGGUGAGUCUGUUCCACCCUGGGAAAAGGGUUGGCCCCCCCGAGGGCGGGGCGGGGCUGCCCUAACCAAUGAACACUAAGAGGGGAGGCGGGUUCGUAAGCGAGAGCGAGACAGACAAGCUACACAGCCAGUAGAAGGGGAAGAUAAAGUUGAGUGGCGGAGAAUUCCCCCAAUGGCUUGUCGCGGUCUGGAUCCUGAGGUCGGAGCGGACCAUUCAGAGGAGUGGGGCCGGGCCUGUCGGCCGCUUGUUGUUGUCGGGCCGGGGGAGGCGGAGGUCGCUGUUUCGUUCGCUGUCUGGUGCGAUCUGUGGCGGUCAGCGGCAGGUCAGUCGCAAAAGCGAGUGCUGCAGGGGGGCGAGGCUAUGUCGCGGCUGCAGCCCGUAUGGGCCGGCAGGGCCUGGAGUAACGGGACGUCGCCGCGAAGCUUCUUCCCCCGGAUACAGUGCGGCCCGAGUGGAGGCCGCGGCGCCGCCCUCCAGUCCUGAGGAGCCCGCGCCGCGCGCAGCCCGUGCCGUCGUCAUCUCAGCACCGACGCUAAGCAACCCGGCUAGCCUGGCUUGAUCUAGCCAAUUCCUGGCAGGUAACAGGAUCCUUUCCCUGCCAGUGCUGAGCGCUCAAGGGCAGGUAGCACUGCACUAGUCCCUCUGGCACGAGAAGCCCCCGCCCAAAGGACAUGAAGCUACUGGAGAACUCCAGCUUUGAGGCCAUCAACUCGCAGUUGACAGUGGAGACUGGAGAUGCCCAUAUUAUUGGCAGGAUUGAAAGCUACUCGUGUAAGAUGGCAGGAGAUGAUAAACACAUGUUCAAGCAGUUCUGCCAGGAGGGCCAGCCGCAUGUGUUGGAGGCACUGUCCCCACCCCAGACUUCAGGCCUCAGUCCCAGCAGAUUGAGCAAGAGCCAGGGUGGCGAGGAUGAAAGCCCUCUGAGUGACAAGUGCAGUCGCAAGACCCUCUUCUAUCUGAUUGCCACACUCAAUGAGUCCUUCAGGCCAGACUAUGACUUCAGCACAGCCAGAAGCCAUGAAUUCAGCCGGGAGCCCAGCCUUAGCUGGGUGGUAAAUGCCGUCAACUGCAGCCUGUUCUCAGCGGUUCGGGAAGACUUCAAGGCCCUGAAGCCGCAGCUGUGGAAUGCGGUGGAUGAGGAAAUCUGCUUAGCCGAAUGUGACAUCUACAGCUAUAACCCAGAUCUGGACUCAGACCCCUUUGGGGAAGACGGAAGCCUCUGGUCAUUCAAUUAUUUCUUUUACAACAAGCGUCUUAAACGAAUUGUCUUCUUUAGCUGCCGCUCCAUCAGUGGCUCCACCUACACGCCCUCAGAGGCAGGCAACGCGCUGGACUUGGAACUGGGAGCAGAGGAGGUUGAUGAAGAGAGUGGACGUGGAGGCAGUGAAGGCAGGGCGGAGGAGACCAGCACCAUGGAGGAAGACAGGGUUCCAGUGAUCUGUAUGUGAUGCGGAAAAGCAGAGGUCUCAGCUUCAUCCAGCUUCGACCAAUGCCUGAACUUGUCUACCUACGGAGUUCCAGAGCCUCCCCAGAUGCUGGCUACACCCUGGCACUGCCGCCAUCCUGGCUCUGCCCAAGGCUAUACCUGCCUAGCCCUUUGGUUUCAGCCUGUGGACGUCCACUCACCCCUGCAGGCUCUUACUGCCCAUGCUGUGGCUGGAUUAGACAGCACAGGGCCGGCUAGAAAGUGACUGCUCUGCACCGCCAGCCUGCCACAGACAGGACAGCUGUAUCACAGAGUUUAUUUUUGUAUUUCUUAUUGGGCCUGUACACUCCAGCUCUAAGGGCCAGAGACUUGAGGCCCUGUAAGCGGUGCCCAGUGUUUUAUAGGGUCUGGUCUUGGACCCUGGUGCCCACUUUUGCCCCCCACCUUACCAGGUGGGCCACAUGCACUGAGUGUCACUUUGCUGCAGCUCUUUCAUUUCCAAUAAAAGUUUCUGUGACUCA